AUGGGCUACGUAGUAGUGAUAGCGGUGAUGUCGUUAUUUCUGCUCGCCCUCUUCUUCUUCAUCAAGCACCUCGCGCUGCGACGCCAAUUAGCCGGAAUCCACAGCCCCCGUUCCUACCCGCUCAUCGGUCAGGCGUUGAUCAUCAAGCCGGAUGCUGAGGGUUUCAUGGAUCAGAUUAUGGGUAUGGGUCAGCUUUACCCGACGGAUUCCCGGAUGGUGCUCUUCUGGAUCGGCCCCAAGCCGGCGCUUAUGAUCUAUUCGGCGGAAUUGGCUGAACGAAUCGUCUGCUCGAGCAAACACCUCAACAAGGGAUUCGCCUACAAUUUGCUAGAGCCAUGGCUGGGGCUUUCUCUACUGACCAGUAAUGCCGAACGCUGGCGCCCGAAACGCAAGCUGUUGACACCGACAUUCCAUUAUGACAUAUUGAAGGAUUUUGUUCCGGUUUUCAAUGAGCAUUCACUUACUCUCGUCAAGAAGCUGGCCACUGUCCCGAAAGGCGAAUGCAUCGACUUCUGCUCCUACGUCACCCUGUGCGCUCUGGACAUUAUUUGCGAGACCUCGAUGGGCAAACGCGUGAAUGCACAAAUUGAAGCUAACAGUCAGUAUGUUAAGGCGGUUUAUGAAAUCAAUGACAUUGUGCAAACUCGGACAAAGAAUCCGCUGAUGUGGAAUAAGUGGGCGUUCGACACGUUUGGGGAGGGCAAGGCGCACGAUGCUUGCCUGGCGACACUUCACGGGUUCACUGGACAGGUUAUCGCACAACGUGAAAGAGAGCUAGAAGCCGCCGAAUGGCAACUGGAGGGACGCCUGGCCUUCCUUGAUCUUCUACUUGACAUGGCCCACCAAGGGCAAAUUGAUCACGGCGACAUCCAGGCCGAGGUUGACACAUUUAUGUUUGAAGGCCACGACACAACGUCUACCGCCCUUUCUUGGGCUGCCCAUCUCCUCGGCAACCACCCGGACAUUCUCCACCAAGCGCAAUUGGAGGUCGACAUGGUUUUUGCGGAAUACGGAGAGGUGAACGCAACAGCCUUGUCAAAGCUUGACUAUCUGGAACGAUGCAUCAAGGAGACCCUCCGCUUGUACCCAUCUGUGCCCACCAUCAUGCGAGAGCUCGGAUCGGAUCAGGAGCUCGCUGGCCGUAAAAUACCUGCUGGAAUGCAAAUCAUCCUCAACCCAUACCUCAUCCACCGCGAUCCCGCCCAGUGGCCCGAACCCGAGAAGUUUGAUCCUGAUAGGUUCUUACCCGAAAAUUCCGUCAACCGCCACGCGUUUGCUCUCAUCCCCUUCUCUGCUGGCAGUCGAAAUUGCAUUGGGCAGCGCUUCGCCUACAUGGAGAUGAAGACGGUUCUCGCUUGGUUGCUCCACUACUUCGAUAUCGAAAGCGUUGACCGAAGAUGCGACGUCUCGCACAAAAUGGAGCUCAUCCUGCGUCCGGCGGAAGGCAUCCGCGUCAGGCUCCCGGGACACUCGGAAGUGCGGUGCCAGAAUUGUGAGAUGCCGUUUCGACUAUUGCUAUUUGUCGUGCUACUGGUGGCCGUAAAUGGUGAUGCAACUUGCCCACAGGGUACCCUUCAGGUGCCUGGUCGUCAGUACUGUAUAAGCUUUACGGACGAACUUUCUUUCGGUGAUGCUCAGCAGGCCUGCUCUGACAAGGGCGCUACCCUCUAUGAGCCGAUCGACACCUACGAUGACAAACUGAUCGGGCAAAUGAUGCAGAAUUAUAGUCAAGCCCGCUAUGCUUGGAUCGGGAUUCUUGAAGAGCAAGGGAGCUUGCAAUUCGCCAGUACUGGUGAGGAGGCUGGGCGGAAGCAUCAAGUAUAUGGCAUCUAUCCAUUCUGCUCGCAAAACGUCGCCGGUUUUGGCAAACAGAUGAAUAACUGUACCCAGCAGGCAGACAGCGAUACACCUUGCGAUAAAUACAUCGCCCAAAUGACGUGCGGUAUCGAGAGUGUGAAUGCGGUAUCGGCUGAACCGGAAAGGGACCGGCAGCUCGUCACUUCAUUCGUCAACGUUUUUCAUUCAUACCUGAAGCCUGAUUAUUUGAACAAAACCUAUGGGGAAGAUUGCCAGCAGCGACUUUAUGAUGGGCUGGACACGACAAAAACACUGGAUGUUCGCGUGUUGCUACGUGGAAAUGGGCAUUUAUACCUUGCUGAUGCGGCAACAACGGCUGCCGGGAUUUGUACAAGCCCGAUGACUCGUUCCUGCGAUCCCGGCUGGUCAUACCUGGCCUCGUCAAAUGCAUGUUAUGCGGCGGCAAACUACUCCGAGUCUAUCACCCAAGAACAAGCCGAGUCGAUCUGCCAAGGCGCCGGCGGGAAUCUUGUUUCGAUCACCGGCAUCUCCGAGUUGUUGGCUGUGCUUGGAAUGGUAAGCGAGGCGGGGGAGGAUGUGAGCUACUGGACCGGGCUGACGUGCAGUGGCGGAACGUGGCAAUGGACCGAUAAUUCGACGAUUGUCAUGGGAAUGGAUAUGAUGAUGACACGCCGGAAGCGUCAGUAUUUUGCCGGAUCUCCCGGCGGCUCGACGAUGACGCCCCUGGUUAUUGCGGCGGGUCCGGAAUCGCUGCAGAGCCAAUGCACAGAGGGCGCUGGCUGUAUGAUUUCCCCAAUUAGCGAAAGCAGUUGGCGGGGAAGCAUUGGCACUUCGGGACUGUCGUGCUCCAGCACCGACACCACGGGAAUCAUUUGCAAGAUGCAACUG